GCGGAAGUUGCGCCAGUCCCGGGGGCGAGCUGCAGGGUCGGGGGGAGAGGCGACAUGGGAGUGCACCUCCUGCAGAGGUACCCGAGCUGAGCGACGGGGUUCCAGUACCCAGCCCCGGGUCGGUGGGAGGCGUCGUUACUGUCUGUGGCCUGCAAACUGAGGUGCGCGGGCCGAUACGGGUGGACGUCCGAGCGCUCCUGUACCAGGACGUGUGCACUACGAGCUUCGCAGACUGCGGAUUCGAGGCAGCUUGAUGUUCCGGUGGUUGCUCGGAGGCUCGACUUCGGAGGAGGGUAUCAAGAAACUGAUAAUGUUUCCUUGAAUUCGCUUAUGUAUUUGUUUCAUCAAUGUCCCUCAUAUUGAAUAUCUUAAGAGAAAUGCUGGAAUAUUUUGGUGUCCCCAUAGACCAGGUUUUGCAGAUUAGAGAAAAUAAAGACUAUGGAUCAGCUCGGAGUAUUGUUCGUAUUAUUGGGAAAAUUCUUCCUCUAGAACCUUGUCCCAGGCCUAAUUUUGAGUUAAUCCCACUGUUGAACUCUGUAGACUCUGGUAACUGUGGAUCUGUAGUUCCAUCUUUUGCUGAUACUUUGUGUGUGGCAAAUGAUGAAGAAGCCAGUUAUCUCAGAUUUCGAAAUAGUAUAUGGAAACAAGAAGAGGAGAAAAUGGAAUUUUUCCAUUCUUUGCAACCAGUUUGGAAUCCAUUGUCACCUGCUCUCAGACAGAAUAAACGAAUGAAAAGUGACGGGCCUGUAGGUGAAGCAACAUUUAAAAAGAUAGCUGCCCUCGAAGAGGAGCUGACUUUUCUCCGUACUCAGAUUGCUGCGAUCGUGGGAAGGCAGGAACCGGGAGCCAGAGCCAGUGCGCAUGCGGGCUUCUUUGACUUGAAUGACGAGCCUAGCAGUGUGGGACAAAGACCGUCACCAGCGACUGCUGAACUGAGUGCCCAGCCAGAUCCAUUUUCAAGUUCAGUGCUUUUUCCACCCCACCCCCUGCCUCCUCCUCCUCCUCCUCCACUGCCCCCUCAACUUUUUUCUCCACAGUCUGCAUGUUCUCCUCUCACACAGCCAGGAUCUAAUAAUAUGUGUGACUCAGAUAAUUCAGCAAAUGAAAUGAAAAAACAGCACCCACGUGAUAGUAAGACCAAUUACAGUCAUUCAAAAAACCAUGAUGUUCCAAACAUGCUGGAUGUUCUAAAGGACAUGAAUAAGGUUAAGCUUCGUGCUAUUGAACGGUCACCUGGAGGUAGACCCAUUCAUAAGAGGAAAAGACAAGAUUCACAUUGGGAUCCAGUGUCUUUGAUAUCCCAUGCGCUUAAGCAGAAGUUUGCCUUCCAAGAAGAUGAUUCCUUUGAGAAAGAAAAUAGGUCUUGGGAAUCUUCUCCAUUUUCUAGUCCAGAAACUUCAAGGUUUGGACGUCACAUUUCGGAGCCAGGACAGCGAACUAAAGGAAGAAUUGACACAAGAGAUGUUGACGGAGGCGUGAACAGCGUGAGCUGAGUCUACACCAGCAAGGAAAGAUUGCAGAAGUGUGCCAUGUCUUUCCCUACGUGUUGCAAGGCUCUCAUCUGUUAGUGAAGUUGAAUGAAGUGUGUGCACUGCGAUCUAUGAGUGCAGGGGUCUGAAGAGUCUGGACUCUCUUAAGAACACCUGUCUCUGUUCUUGGAAGAUCCAGCAGCUAAUUGGCUACUGAUGAUAGGUGUAUGGAUUUCUCUUUUCACGUAUAUUAGUGUUAUUAAAAACUGAAUACACGCUUUGAAUGAUUUUCCCAAGGGUUAAGUAGUAAAUGACUUAAUGUGUCUCAUAGGGUCUUACUAGAGGGUAACGGAAAUCAUUUUUAAUGGAUUAAGAAAUUAAUGUAUUGUACUCAGCAAAUGAUAGUAUAUUUGGAUUUUUAAAAACAAUUUUUUAAAAGAUUUUAUUUAUU